UUUACAACUCUUUUUUUUUUUUUUAAAAAAAAAACUAAACAAAACAAAACAAAAAUGAACUCUCUUAUGAAAUUGGUUGCUACUCUCUUCUUUGUUGGUGUCGCUACCGCAUGUACCUGUAAUUCAAGCAGUGGUAAUGGCAGAUUCUGUGGUCAAACUAACGGAAUGGAUGGAUGUACCGCCGAUCAUAUCUAUCAAUGCGACCACUUGGGUGGUGCUGGUCAAGAUUUGGGUCCCUGUACUAGUGGAUGCAUCACUACCCCAGCAGGACAAAAUGAUCACUGUGCAUAAAGCAGAUGAUUGAAUAUCAAGUACCUUUCUAUGUUAGUUAGUUAGGAUUUAUGCUUCUAUUGAAUAAAAUACU